GCAAUUUCACUGAUAUGUAGACCCUUAAUCAAAUAAAGAGCUGCGUUAACUGUAAAUGAAGUGGCCCCCCCGUGCCCCCCAGACGCGGGGCUUGGGGAAACCCGAAGAUUCCGGCACUGGUUUUCACGGGGGGUAGGGGUACGAUCCCAGUGCAGGAUCGCCCUGCGGUCGCCGCAAGCUCUGAACAUGACCGGAACUGUGGCGGGGGGGGGGGGUCGGACCUUACAGAAACUUGCGCUCUCCGGGCUAGCUCCCCAACUGCGGGAGCGAUCGAGUAAACUCCUCUCCGUUCUCUUGAGAAACGAGGGGGCUUUAAAGGCCAGACCUGGCCCUUAGCUUGUUAGGGGAAUCCACGACUGGUUAGAGCUCUCCCCGCUUCCCCCUCGCAGCGGGCUGCUUUAAUCUCCUCCAGAAAAGGUGACCCUGGAGGCAGGCAGCCCAGCUUGCAACCGAACCGACCCAUCGCGGCUGCCGCCAUCGCCCUGCAACCUCCGGCUAGGGCUUGCCGAGCUCCGCCUAACUUCAGGAGUCCGCUGAUCUGCGUGUACCCCUGGGAGCUGCGGGCCGGUCUGCGGCACAAGUGCAGGGUGGAGGGCUCUUCGGUGGGUGUCUCCAAGAUGUAAAUCCUGGGUGGGAAGCGGCGUGGGAGCUGCUGCUGCUGCUGCUGCAAAGGAACAGCUUCGCCUCGCGAAGGGCAUCGGCCUCCCACCGUUCUCUCUCUCCGGGCUGUCGGCGAUGUCUUUGGGCAGGAGGAAUGGUUCCUCGGAUCCAACCAACCCACCGCCGGGAUCCUUCCUGGGACCCGAUCAUUUUGCAGGGAAAAGAGGGGUAUGCACCUUCCCAGCAAAUCCUCCUCUAGCGUGCAAGCCCAUAUUUAAAACCUUGGGUCAGUGCGCCCCCUACGCGUGAGCGUGGGCAAGCACCUCGCCUGCCUCCGAGCUGCUUAAAUAAAUAAAUAAGAGUGCGUGUGGCUUUUGAACUGCCCACAGACUGUCACAGAGGGGUGGGGUGGGGGAGAGGGAGAGGGAGAGGGGGAGAGAGAGAAAUGCAGAGGCAGCAGCAGCAGUAGCAGCGGCGGCGGCAUUGCUCCAACGAGCACUAGUCACUCCAGUCCCAGCAAGCGAGCAGGGGAGAGCCACACACCAACUCAGCCCAAGCCAAGCGGCGCUAGGCUACCUAGGACUCUCCCUGUGACACCAGAGCACACAAACACACACAAGGGGAGAGAGGAAAAUAUAAAAAAGAACUCCAAACAUGGGAGGCAAACUUAGCAAGAAGAAGAAGGGGUACAAUGUGAAUGACGAAAAAGCUAAAGAUAAGGACAAGAAGGCUGAGGGAGCAGCUACCGAGGAAGAGGAGACUCCAAAACAGAAUGAGGAUGCCCAGCAAACCACAGAGACCGGAGAAGUGAAGGAGAACAACAAGGAGGAGAAGGGUGAUAAAGAGUCCCAGGUUGCUGCCAAUAAGACAGAAGACAAAGAAGGGGAAAAAGAAAAAGCCGUGAGCCAGGAAGAAGUCCAGAAAUCUGAACCAGAGAAGCCAGAGGCUGUUGUCGACGCAAAAGUGGAGCCACCGAAGAACAAUGAACAACUGGCACCUAAGCAAGAGGAACAGACUUCAGCCUCUGCUCCUGCUGCCAGUAGUGAAGCCUCUAAAACUUCUGAGCCCAGCAAUGAUGCAAAAGUUUCCCAGCCUUCAGAAGCCACAGCUACUAGUAAAGCAGAUGACAAGAGCAAAGAGGAAGGGGAAGCCAAAAAGACUGAGGCUCCCGCAGCACCUGCAGCCCAAGAAACUAAAAGUGAUGUGGCCCCAGCUUCAGACUCAAAACCUAGCAGCAGCGAGGCUGCACCUUCUUCCAAGGAGACCCUGGCAGCAACAGAAGCACCUAGUUCUACUCCCAAGGCUUCAGCGCUUGCAGCCCCACCAGAGGAAGCGAAAUCUUCUGAAGUUCCAGCGACUAAUUCUGAUCAAACCAUAGCAGUGCAAGAUUAAAUUGGACAGCCUGUUGAAAUUAACCACUUAAAACAACCUGUGUCUUUUUUUUUUCUUUUUUUUAUUUUAUUUUAUUUUUUAUUAUUUUUUCAGCUCUACUAACUUGUUUCAGAUCUGAAAUAAUAUGUAUUGCCCAGGGGGGAAAAAAAGAAAAAAGGAUGUCCCAUCAAGUUGGGAGGGAGCAAGGGAGGGGGGAAGAAUCCAAAUAGUAUUUUUGUGGGGAAAUAUCUAAUAUACUUUCUGCCAGGAUUUAAAAAUAAUAAUAAAAAAUAUGGAUGUCUGAAAGUACAGCACAUCUUUUGUAUCUGAACUGCUGUAAAUGCACUCCACCAAUGUAUCAAAAUCUUUUUUUUUGUUCUGUAAUGGGGUUUGGGAGUGAUGCAUUUGAUUCUGCCCGCUGGGCUUGUGCCAAGGCAAUCAGAUCUUUAUGAAAGCAGCAUUUUCUGUGGGUGUGUUUUUUUUUUUUUUAUUUACAUCCUUUCUUAUUUUGAUAUAUUUUUUAUGCAGUGGAUGAAUGCCAACUUUCAGACAAACCCACUUAGCUGUCCACAUUUUUCUCAAUACCAAUCCUCCAAUUCUUCUUCCUCUCCAAAUAUUUUUGGGAGUAAACCGCAUUCUCAUCCUACUUAGCCUACCUAGAUUUCUCAUGACGAGUUAAUGCAUGUCUGUGGUUGGGUGCACCUGUAGUUCUGUUUAUUGGUCAGUGGAAAUGAAAAAGUCUGCGUUCAUUGCAGUUCCAGUUUCUCUUCCAUUCUGUGUCACAGACACCACACACCACUUGUUGGAAAACAAAUGAAAAACAAAAUGUACAAUGGAUGCAUUGAAAUUAUAUGUAAUUGUAUAAAUGGUGCAACAGUAAUAAAAGUUAAAUAAUUUAAAAAAAA